AUGCCAUUCUUCUCACGCUACCACACUCCCACCUCCGCCUUCCCCUCCGACGUCUUCCGUUUCCUCGACGAGCUCCAUCAAGUAGCUGCUCCAACUACAAGCUCCGGCCCUAAUAAGCGCGCAUUCUCUCCUAAUUUCGAUAUCCACGAAACCGACUGUGCCUAUAUCCUCGAGGGUGAACUUCCUGGACUCGAGGACAAGUCCAAGCUUAACAUUGAAUUUACGGACGACAAUACCCUUCUAAUCAGCGGUAGAAUCGAGAAGUCAGUCACGAGAUCCUCACCGGACACCGAGUCAAAGCCAAUCGAGGGAGGCGAGGCCGGUGAGAAGAAAAAAGAUACCCAAGUCGCUAAGCAGACAGACGACAGUCAGAAGCAAGUGUCGAAGCACACUGAGGGGCCGCAGUUGAGGUAUUGGGUUUCUGAACGUACUGUUGGGGAGUUCCAGAGAUCUUUCCAAUUCCCCGGGGGCAUCGAUAUCGAUAAUGUUAAGGCGAAUUUGGAACAUGGGCUUUUGAAGAUUGUAGUUCCGAAGAAGGAGGUUGUUAAGGGAAGGAAGGUUGAAAUCUCGUAA